AUGCCCCCAUCAUCUGAGCGCUCCACAGGCCGGCCCGCCCGCGUCACAGCUGCAGAGAGACACUCCCCCAAACCUGUAGGAUGUAGUGGCGCACAGACACCGGCGCUUUGGAGGAGUUUGACGUGGCACUCUGCUUUCUCUGCGGGCGAUAGACACAAGAGGACUCUGCCCAGAUAUUACAGUGUCUCUUUUUGGCAUGAGGAAAGAGCCCAGGCCGGGAUGGGGGGAUACCAAGGAGGGUUCGGACCUCCAGGAGCAACGCAGCCUCUCUAUGGGCAUUAUGGGGGGCAAGCACAGCCAUUUAAUGCCCCACCAACGGCGGGUAUGAUGAAUGGGAUGCAUCCAGCUCCAGCCUCUGCUCAGUAUGGCCAAAUUGCACAGCAGAAUGGGGCUCAUCCUCACAGGUUUGCAGCUCCCCCAGCCUCCGCCGCUGGUUAUGGACAGCCUCCACAGUCAUCAUACAACAACAUGGCGCCUCAGCCCCCACCUGCAACACAACAGAUUACCAACCAGAUGAACGCUCUGAGCAUGGGAAACUAUGCACCAGGUCCUCAGAGUCCGGUCAACACAGGUGGCCAGCAGCACCUUCAGAGGCCUGCUCCAGUGAUGGGACAGCCUCAGAUGCACCCACAGUCCCCUCCCAUGUCUCCACAGAUGACCGCUCCUCCAAUGGCUAGCACCCCUAUGUCACCACCUCCUAUGGCAGGUGCUCCCCCUAUGGGUGGCCCUUCUAUGGAUGCUCCUCAUAUGGCUGGGCCUCCUAUGGGUGCUCCCUCUAUGGCUGGGCCUCCUAUGGGUGGUCCUCCUAUGGCUGGACCUCCGAUGGGUGCUCCCUCUAUGGGUGCUCCCUCUAUGGGUGCUCCUCCUAUGGGUGCUUCAACCAUGGGAGGCAUGGCUGGACCUUUUCCUGGAUCAGCUCCUGGAGUUGGAGGCUUCCAGCAGGCAGGUCUUGGCCCACAGGGAUAUCCUCAGCAACCAGGUCAGUUUGGUGGUCACAUGGCAGGACCUCAGCCCGGUAUGCCCGGUAUGCCUGGUGGUUUCCCAUCAGGACCAUCUCAACUUGCUGGACCACCACAAAAGAAACUGGAUCCAGACUCUAUCCCCAGCCCAACACAAGUGAUCGAGGAGGACCAGCAGAGACAAGUAGGAAAGCUCUACGUCACAGACGUCCGUGGACAAGUGCCACCUCUGGUCACAACACAGUUCACCGUACAGGACCAAGGCAACGCGAGCCCCAGAUUCAUGAGAUGCACCACUUACUGCCUGCCCACCACCGCUGACCUGGCCAAACAGAGCCAAGUCCCCCUGGCCACCAUCAUCAAACCAUUGGCUCGAUUACCAGCGAAUGAGGCUCCUCUCCACGUUGUGAACCACGGUGAGACUGGACCCGUUCGCUGUAACAGAUGCAAGGCUUACAUUUGUCCGUACAUGCAGUUCACGGAAGGAGGACGCCGCUUCCAGUGCGGCUUCUGCAACUGCAUCAACGAAGUGCCAAUGUUUUAUUUCCAACAUCUUGACCACAUGGGGCGAAGGGUGGACUUCAACCAGAGGCCUGAGCUGUGUCUAGGAUCUUAUGAGUUUGAAGUUACCCUCGACUAUUGCAAGAACAACAAACCUCCAAAUCCUCCAGCCUUCAUCUUUAUGAUCGACGUCUCCUACAACAACAUUAAGAGUGGGCUGGUCCAACUCAUUUGUAACGAGUUGAAGACGCUGCUGGAGAAUCUACCAAAAGAGGACGGCAGUGAGAGCUCAGUGAUAAAAGUGGGCUUUGUCACUUACAACAAGAUCCUUCAUUUCUACAACGUGAAGAGCGCCCUGGCCCAGCCGCAGAUGAUGGUGGUGUCCGACACGGCCGAGAUGUUUGUGCCGCUGCUCGACGGAUUCCUCGUCAACUACCAGGAGUCCAAGGCCGUUAUCUACAACCUUUUGGAUCAGAUCCCGGACAUGUUUGCCAACUCAAACGAGAGCGAGACGGUCUUUGCCCCCGUGAUCCAGGCCGGAGUGGAGGCGCUUAAGGCGGCAGAAUGCAGUGGAAAGCUCUUCAUCUUCCAGUCGGCCAUGCCCACCGCCGAGGCGCCCGGAAAACUGAAAAACAGAGAUGACAAAAAACUCAUUAACACCGACAAAGAAAAGACUCUCUUUCAGCCUCAGAAGGCCGUGUACGAGCAGCUGGCCAAAGAUUGCGUGGCGACCGGCUGCAGCGUGGACCUCUUCCUCUUCCCCAGUCAGUACGUGGACCUGGCAACCAUGGCCAGCAUCCCCUCCCACACCGGGGGCUCCGUCUACAAGUACAUCAACUUCCAGGUGGAGACAGACGGGGAGCACUUCCUGAGAGACCUGAGGAAAGACGUUCAGAAACCCAUCGGAUUCGACGCCGUGAUGAGAGUUCGCACCAGCACGGGCUUCAGAGCGACGGACUUCUUCGGGGCGGUUCACAUGAACAACACCACAGACGUGGAGAUGGCGUCCGUGGACUGCGAUAAAGCUGUUACUGUUGAGUUUAAACACGACGACUCUCUGGGCGAAGACGCAGGAGCACUCAUCCAGUGUGCCUUGCUCUACACGACUCUGAGCGGACAGAGAAGACUCCGCAUCCACAACCUCAGUCUCAGAUGCAGCUCACAGUUGCAAGACAUGUUCAAGAGCUGCGAGACGGAUUCCCUCGUCAACUUCUUUGCCAAAUCAGCGUAUCGAGCCGUUUUGAAGCAGCCCGUGAAGAGCGUGAGAGAGAUCCUCGUCAACCAAACGGCGCACAUGUUAGCGUGCUACAGGAAGAACUGCGCCAGUGCCAGUGUCGCGAGUCAGCUGAUCCUGCCCGACACCAUGAAGGUGUUCCCGGUCUACAUGAACAGUCUGAUGAAGUCUGCUCCUCUGGUGGCGAGCACAGAGCUGCCCACAGACGACAGGGCGCAGCAGCGGCUGUCCGUGGUGGCCAUGGGCGUGGAGGAGACUCAGCUGCUGCUUUACCCGCGCCUCGUUCCCCUGCACAACGUGGACCUCGGCAGCGAGGCUCUCCCCGCUCCCGUGCGCUGCUCCGAAGAGCGCCUCUCGGACUGCGGCCUGUUCCUGCUGGAGAACGGACACUCCAUGUUCCUGUGGCUCGGUCAGGGCUGCCCGGCCGAGCUCAUCCAGGGCCUCUUCAACCUGCCCUCCCUCGCCCACCUGCAGCCCAACACGUCGGAGCUGCCAGCCCUAGACAACCCACUGUCAAAGAAAAUUCGCUCCAUCAUCGACAAUCUGCUUGAGAAGAGGCCAAAUUCAAUGAAACUUCAAAUCGUGCGGCAGAAGGACAAGCCGGAGAUCCUAUUCCGUCAGUUCCUGGUGGAGGACAAGGCUCUCUACAGUGGGGCCUCCUACAUGGACUUCCUCUGCUUCGUGCACCGGGAGAUCAGACAGCUCCUCUCCUAA